GUUUAUGGCUAUUUUAAUCAUAGGAGAGUUGUGGGAUGGGAUGAUCAACUUUUGAGUAAUCUGAAUAGUUUUAAUUUUCCUUCUCCCUUUAAAGUGGAUACGCUUAUUUUCAUGCUUGUUGUCAAUUCUGCUUGCCAUUCCCAUUCAAGUAAAUCCCAUGAGGUCAGUGAGAUGGUUCUCUGAGUGAUAAGUAAAUAUUAAAACAAACAACAUUGUCCAUAAGGAAGAGAAGCAGAAUUAGGUUCACACUGUCUAUUUGAGCCCAGUCUUUCAUUUGGCCUCUUUAUUUCACAAGAAAACUAGUAAAUACUUACUGAACAACCUGAUCAAUUUGCUAUAUAUGUUUGAUAAAAGUUUAUUACUCUUACUAAAACAAAUCCUGUGAUUAAUUCACAAAGCACUAUAUAAGGUCACAUUUAGUUUUCUUUUGUGUUUUUAAUACAGAUGGACUAUAUUUGCAUUCCAGUUUCCCUCAUGUAUGUGGUCAGAUACAUGUAUAAAUACGUAUGAUUUUAUUCUUUUAGUUUGAAUACAGUUUUGUGCAGUCUGGAUACAAGUAAACUCACAGCUACAAAACCAGUUUGCUUGUUAUAAGGUCUCAAUGCCCCAAUCUAUUGUGAUAAUUAUACCUACAGCUGUGUAAUGCAGUGACACUAUCAUAUAAUCUCUUUAUAAAAUUAGAGUUAGAAUUACAAAAUACCAUUACUAGUGAGGAAAUGUGGGAAUACAGCUCUCUAACCUGUACACUUCAGAGCAGGUGUUUGACAGUCGAGGUCUCAGAGGUCCCUUAGGAAUAUUAACUAUUUUUUACAGGAUUGUAGGGCAGGAUUUGUUUGUAAAUGAAGAAAACCAAGAAUAUACUGAACAAAGCAUUUGGCCUAUUUGUAACACUGGAAAGCCUUUUAGCUCCUAAAAUAACUGAUUUUUAAGUUAAUUAAAAUAGGUGAUUUCAGAUACCAGUUGGGCAGACGGACAAAAUUUCACUUUCAAAGUUACUUUAAAGCACUCUCCUGAUGGAUGAGCAUUUGUCAGCCUUGAGAAGACACACUUUCAUAACGCUAGCCUAGGUGACCUGCUUUACUUGGGAUGAACUCCUGCCCUCCCUAAGGGAUGUGAGUAAAAGACUUGGGCAUGAGGUAGAAAAGAAUUACCGCAGGAGUUUCAUGCCUGAAACCAGAAAGACCAACUGAGAAAAACCUUCCAAGAAUACCAAGUUGUGAGGUUUUUCUAACAGAGACAGGAUCUAGUCAGAAAAGAAGCUCUCUGUUUCCAACAAAGAUCCUGGAAUUUGGGUUGAUUUUGUAAUGAAACAAACAAAAAUGUUUCCACAUUUUCUGAUUUUCCCUUUUUUACCACCAAAAGAAAGAAAAGAUGCACAUAAAUCAUUCCAGAGCUGCCAAGAUGUCAAGUGACUACUAUCUUCGCACAGAACGUAAAUUCAGUUGCAAAUCUCCCCUUGCCUACCAUAAACUAUAUAUUAGAGGAUUAGAAGUUGGUUUUCUUUCUCCUUGGCUGAUUAAUUAAUCUCUACUGUUUGUAUAAAAUGUAACAGUUUCAACAAAAGCAACAUGAGAUAUUGAUCUAUUGAAUUACCUACUCCUCCAGGUAUUCUUGCAGGUAUUCUAGAGUUGACCUAUCUCUUUGUCCCUAUCCAAAAUAGGUUAAAAAAAAAUCAACUACUCUGCUUUGGCAUUGCACUUUGAACUAUUUGUUUUAUUUCAAGAGCUUUCACAAGUGUGAAAUGCUAGUUGAACAUUCUUUAUUCCCUUUAAACUUUUAUUUUUUUUUAAAAAUGAAUAACUUUACUAGAAUUUUAAUUUUACUAGAACUUACUAAUUUUACUAGAAUUCAAAAUGAGUUGGGGUAAAGCCUUCUACUGAGCCUGUUCUGAGCAGAUAAUAGGUUAUCAGCUCAUCAAAAUUCUUCAUCUUUUAGUGCCUCUUUUUAAGAGUCACAAGAACCACCAAUUAACACUUGAAACUUCAGAAAUUUUGGCUGAGGACAUUUGUGACAUUUGUAACAUUUGUAUUUUUUUCCCCCCAAAUUUCCUUAAAAAUACUAUUUAAAAAAAAUUCAGUUAAAAAACACUGAAAUAUUCUCCUUACUCUGAAACAAAAUAUGAGCUAGAUGAUCAAACAGAUUUGUUCCUGCAUAUUGCUGAAUGGUAGAUAUGAGACUAAUGUUCACUUGGGGAUGCCUGAGGCUGCAGACUGACCAACCACCAAAAUCCUGGAAAAACUGGCAUGCAGGACAGCAGGACAAACAGUGGGGAAACGAUGGCCUGGCCUGAGUCUGUGGAUACACUGCUGGCUAAUAAAGAUGGCCUGGCGGCUUUUAGGACAUUUUUGAAGUCAGAGUUCAGUGAAGAGAAUGUAGAAUUCUGGCUGGCCUGUGAAGACUUCAAGAAAACCAAGUCUUCCACUAAGAUUGCCUCAAAAGCUCAGAAGAUUUAUUCUGACUUUAUACAAGCUGAUGCUCCAAAGGAGAUCAACAUUGACUUCCAUACCAAAACCCACAUCUCCCAGAAUAUCUCUGAGCCCACUCUCAGUUGCUUCGAUGAUGCUCAGAGAUUAAUCUACAGUCUCAUGGCAAAGGACUCUUUCCCCAGGUUUCUAAGGUCAGAAAUGUACAAGGAGCUAGUAAAGAAGCAACAGAAUGGAAAUCAGAAGAGAUGGCUUCCAUUUUUGUGAGAAAAUACCUGAGAAGUCACAAGUUUGUAAAUGUCUCCCAUUGCAACUUAGUACAGAUAUUGUAUUGAAGUGAUUGCAUAAGCCAGACCUAAGAAUUGCCUUUGACAGCUUGUUUUUAAAUACAAUAUGGACAUGAUGAUUUCUAACAAGGGUGAAGAAAUAUUCAACAAACAGGAUAGAAUAUGUCAAGACAUUUGAGUUCCCUUUUUUAGUAGUUUGUCAUUACCAUUUUUUUCCAAUGCUUCCUUUAUUUGUCAAAGUGUCUUCACGUUUUGAUGUUGAUUUUCCUUCACAGGUAU